UCCCACCUGGUGUUAAAAAGAGAACAGAAGAUGUCUCCUGGUUAAUGCACUGGACUGGGACCCAGGAGAUCUGGUUACAAAGUUCUGCCGCUAACUUGGUGUGUAACCUUGGAAAGUCACUUAGGAGCAGACCUUCAGAGGUAUUUAGGCACCUGGUUUCAAUGGGAGUUGAUCCCCAGCUGAGAUCAGGGCCCCGUUGUGCCAGGUGCUGCACAGACACACAGGGAGUCCAUGUGGCAAAGAGUUCACAAAUGAAAUAUACACAAAACAGGUGGGGAAACUGAAGUACAGGGGAAAGAAGUGACCUGUGCAAAUUCACACAGCAGGUCAGAACUCAGAUCAGAACAAAGCCAGGAAUUUUAAUUCCCAGCCCAAUAGUUUAGCCCCUGUGCCUAGACCCUACAACAGGUACCAGAAAGCUACCGUGCAAGACAAGUCCCUGGCCCCAACACUGCCCCAGUCUCCACAUUUCAAGGCCAGUUGCAUUGGUUUAAGGCUGCAGGACCUAGUCAGCCCUGGCUGUGACAGGACCCUUCGCAGUCACAUGUGAGAGGAGUGGAAUUCAGCUCUCAGAGGCGGCACUUCCUGAUGUUGGAUUGAGAUCAAUUACAUUCACAUACCCAGCGGCAGGCUGCCCUGAGCACACAGCCAGGUGUUCUUAUCAGCUGCUCGCAUCAUGACUGGGGAGAUAGUCUAUGCUGAUCUGAACCUCCCCCCUGGCUUUCCUGGCUCCAGGGCACCCCUUUCAGCUCAGCCCCACAGUCCCCCGAGUCCCCGGUGGCAUCGGACAGCGCUGUGGGUCGGAUGGAUUGGGAAUAUUGUCCUGGUGAUUGCUGUGAUAGCGCUGGGGAUUUGGGUUUCCCACUUGAUGUCUGAGAAGGGACAGACCCCGGCAGCCCCUGAUUGCGAAGAAGCCGGGAGCAGAGAUACACCUACACCCCCUGGGAGUGACGGAGCUGGGAGCACAGACCCCAGCACAGCAGAAUGCAGCGCCCGCCUGGAGCGUUUCCGAUCCCAGCUGUGCCACCCGGCCCCGCCCGGCCCAGCAGGGGGCUCCGGAUGCAAACUCUGCCCCCUGGACUGGCAGCUGCGCGGGGACAAGUGCUACUGGGUCUCCAGAGGAGGUAAAACGUGGAGCGAGAGCCGUGUCGACUGCUCAGCGAGGGGCUCCCAGCUGCUGGUGAUCCGGGACCAGGAGGAGCUGGAGUUCCUAAAGGACCUGACACAAGGUUCACAUCUGUUCUGGAUCGGACUGUCUGUCCCCUCCCCGGAGAAGGCCUGGACCUGGCUGGAUGGCUCCCGGCUGGAUCAGAGCCUGUUCCCGGUGUCAGGCCCGGCUGAGGGGAACAGCUGUGGGGCAGUGAAGGGGAAUCGGAUUCAUUCUGACCUCUGCGGCUCUGUACUUCGGUUGAUUUGCCAGAGAGACGCCAUCCCACUUUGAACAGGGUCCCACUCUGAGCUCUCUUCCCCAGCCCGGCCACUGCUCCUGUCCGGCCUGUGAUCUGACACACCUCUGCCCAUCCUGCCCUAAUGGAUCGUUAACUCCUGUCACUAACGAUGGGGUCUCAGCUUCCCCAAUCGGCAUCAGAGCUUUACCCUGCUGACGUGCUGUCCACUUGUUACCUCCUCAGAGCGUCGUUAAGGGGAUCAGUGCCCCAAUCCCAAACGAGCCUCUCCAUGCGUGUUGCUGGGUGAUCUCUGGUGUCACUGUCUCUGUCAGAGGAGCCGGGCUGGGGUGCUUGGUGGCAGUGCAGUGAGCACCACGGGGAGUGCUGGGGGCUAACGAAUGCCCUGGUACUCAGAGGCCCGGCAGCCCAGGAGGAGAUGGACUGGGAAAGCUGGAGGGCGGGCUGACUGGCCAAGCCAGACAGACCCCAGUGUCUUUAGGAGCCGCCCCCCGAGACAGCUGGGCUUGUGACUGCCAGAGAACAGAACUGGGCCGGUCUGCGGGAGAGACAGGGCUGCCGAGCACAGACUCAUUUUGGGUUUGGUCACUGGGGCUGGACGAAUGCACCCUGCUGACAGCGAUGUCAGGGGAGGGAGGCAGCGUGGCCUAGUGGAUAGCACACUGGACUGGCACAUGGAAGGCUGGAGUCUGUUCCUGGCUCUGCUACAGAAGGGCCACCCUGGCGUUUGCUGCACCCUCUCUAGCCCCCGGCCUUGGCUGACGGGCAGGAUGCCCUGGGCCUGCUGGGUGACUCCGUGUAAGACACUUCAUCUCUUUGGGUUUGUCUGCACCAGGGGUUCUCCAACGUCAUUGCACCGCAACCCCCUUCUGACAACAAAAGGGACUACAAGGCCCCAGGAGAGGGGACCGAAGCCUGAGCCCUGCCACCCAGGGUUCAAAUCCUCAGGCUUUGGCCAUGGGGCUCAGUCUUCAGCUUCAGAUCUGGGCCCCAACAAGUGUAACACCAGCCCCGGCGACCGCAUUAAAAUGGUGUUGUGACAUUGCACUCCAUAUGUUUUAUGGAAAUAUGUUUAUAACGAUGUAACUGGAAUAUGCUUUAUGCAAAAGGUUUCUUGUAAGGUAUCAUUACAAAGGUUAUAAUCUACUGAG